AUGGCUGAUCCACUUUCUAUCGCAUCGGGGAUUGCGGGGUUGCUUUCGCUUGGUGUUCAAGUCACCCAAUCAUUAGUCAACUUUUACACGGCGUACAAAGACCAAGACACGGAUCUGGCAAAGAUUACGCAGAAUCUCGAUAAUCUUCAAAACCUCUUCCGAGCCCUCGAUGCUGCAGUAGAGGAACGCCGACCACAGGCCAACACGCAAGAUCUACUCCGAGAAGUCGAGAAGGCGGUACAUAAAUGUGAGGAAAUCAUCACCGAGCUACAGAGCGAGUGCGAGAAAUUCCAUAAAGAAUCGGCUGCCAGUUUCAAGGAUCGCGUUAAGGUUGCCGGGCGUCGCGCAGCCUAUCCAUUCCGGAAAAGCACCCUACAGAAACUCGAAGAAGACGUGGGCGAUAUACGUCAAAAUCUGUUAUUCGGACUCGAUGUCCUACAGCUUAAGAGCCAGAUUCAAAUCCAAGAUGGCAUAUCAGAAAUCAAAUCACUCGUCGAGCGAACAAAUGCUAAUCAAAUUUCUUUUACAAUUCGUUGCUGGCUUAUGGCGCCGGAUGCAUCUUCUAACCACAACGCCACAUGUGCGAAAUGUCAUCCAAGCACAGGUCUAUGGUUCGUCAACGGUGAUAAAUUCCGGACUUGGCUAGAGAAACACAAUUCUUUCCUAUGGCUGAAUGGUUUCGCAGGAUGUGGCAAGUCGGUCCUCUGCUCAACUGCAAUCCAGAGUAUAUAUCAUGAGAUGAGAAAUGAACAUGGAGUCGGAAUCGCGUUUUUCUACUUUUCCUUUAGUGACGAGGCAAAGCAAGACGAAAACGGCAUGUUACGCACAUUGCUAUUGCAGCUAUCAGUACAGCUACCAGAUGGUGAAAGAGACCUAGAGCAACUACAUGCGUUAUAUAAAUCCGGGUCUCCCCCAAUGGUUGCGCUGCGUGACUUACUUCGACGCUUCCUUGAACGAUUCCGCGAUGCUUAUAUUCUACUAGAUGCGCUUGACGAGAGUCCUCGAGAGUGCAAAAGGGAAGAUGUUUUAAAAGCUAUACAAGUGAUACGCGACUGGUCGAUACCUGGCGUUCAUCUUUUAGUGACCAGUCGCAACGAGCUAGAUAUUCGAGAGUCGUUAAGUCCUUCCUGUGGCCAAGAUACUUCACUCAGAAAUCCGGAAAUAGACAAAGAUAUUACAGAUUUUAUCUCCUAUCAGCUCAAGAACGACGCGAAACUUCAAAAAUGGGAAGCGCGUCACGAGGAGAUUCAGACGAAAUUGGCAACUGAUGCGCAGGGAGUAUUCAGAUAUGUUGAAUGUCAGUUUAACGCCAUUCGGCGGGUGCGAAAUCGAAAUCAGCUUGACGACUGCCUACGCACGUUGCCCAGUGGUUUAGAUGAAACAUACGAGCGAAUUCUGUGUAGUAUUGCAAAUGAAUAUGUCGAGGACGUGCGGCGGGUUUUGACUCUACUUUGCUUCUCAAGCCGACCGCUCACGAUCAAUGAGCUGAUCGACGCUCAUGCAGUUGACCUGAAUGAGCCUUCACAGCUUGAUCGCGACGGUCGCUCAUACGAGCAGGAUGAUAUUGUCGACAUUUGCCUCGGACUUAUUGAGGUCGUAGCCACAGAAAACGACAACCAACAAACUACCUUGACUGUUCGCAUAGCGCAUUUCUCGGUUCAGGAGUAUCUCCAAUCAGAUCGGAUCAUUCAACGAAAAUCAAGAAUUUUUGCUAUGUCAAGUGCGCCUGCAAACACAGAGAUAGCCCAGUUAUGCCUUGUCUAUCUCCUGGAGCCAACUCUCUCUGAUGGGGUAUUUAAUGAAGUAAAGCUCACGGAGUUCCCAUUUGCUUCUUUCGCAGCUCGUUAUUGGUUUCAUCAUUAUACAAAUUCAGGGAAGGGGAAGGAAGCAAUUGAAGAGCUAGCGUCAAAGCUUUUCAAAGACGAGACGAAGGCUUUUGUUUCGUGGAUACGCUUGCAUAACAUGGACAAACUGUUUGCAGCGUCACAAAACUUGGAACUUCCGAUUGCUGAAAUGGCAGCGCCUUUAUAUUACGCCGCGUUGUUAGGACUAGAAUUAGUCCUGAACAGCAUCUUACCGUCUGAAACUGUGGAUUCAGCGCUAUCCAAAACUGUGAACGCCCAGGGUGGACGCUAUGGCAAUGCACUCCAGGCCGCAGCACUUCGAGGCCAUGAAAAGGUGGCGCAGAUGCUGUUAGACCGAGGUGCCGAUGUCAAUGCCCAGAAUGAAGUGUAUGGCAAUGCACUCCAAGCCGCAGCAGAUGAAGGCCAUGAAAAGGUGGCGCAGAUGCUGUUAGAUCGAGGUGCCGAUGUCAAUGCCCAGGGUGGAUACUAUGGCAAUGCACUCCAGGCCGCAGCAGAUGGAGGCCAUGAAAAGGUGGCGCAGAUGCUGUUAGACCGAGGUGCCGAUGUCAAUGCCCAGGGUGGAGACUAUGGCAAUGCACUCCAGGCCGCAGCACUUGGAGGCCAUGAAAAGGUGGCGCAGAUGCUGUUAGACCGAGGUGCCGAUGUCAAUGCCCAGAAUGAAGUGUAUGGCAAUGCACUCCAGGCCGCAGCACUUCGAGGCCAUGAAAAGGUGGCGCAGAUGCUGUUAGACCGAGGUGCCGAUGUCAAUGCCCAGAAUGAAGUGUAUGGCAAUGCACUCCAGGCCGCAGCACUUCGAGGCCAUGAAAAGGUGGCGCAGAUGCUGUUAGAUCGAGGUGCCGAUGUCAAUGCCCAGGGUGGAUACUAUGGCAAUGCACUCCAGGCCGCAGCACUUGGAGGCCAUGAAAAGGUGGUGCAGAUGCUGUUAGAUCGAGGUGCCGAUGUCAAUGCCCAGGGUGGAGACUAUGGCAAUGCACUCCAGGCCGCAGCAGAUGGAGGCCAUGAAAAGGUGGCGCAGAUGCUGUUAGAUCGAGGUGCCGAUGUCAAUGCCCAGGGUGGACGCUAUGGCAAUGCACUCCAGGCCGCAGCACUUGGAGGCCAUGAAAAGGUGGCGCAGAUGCUGUUAGAUCGAGGUGCCGAUGUCAAUGCCCAGGGUGGACGCUAUGGCAAUGCACUCCAGGCCGCAGCACUUCGAGGCCAUGAAAAGGUGGCGCAGAUGUUGUUAGAUCGAGGUGCCGAUGUCAAUGCCCAGGGUGGAUACUACGGCAAUGCACUCCAGGCCGCAGCAAAUGGAGGCCAUGAAAACGUGGCGCAGAUGCUGUUAGACCGAGGUGCCGAUUUCAAUGCCCAUGAUGUAGAGUAUGGCGGUGCACUCCAGGCCGCAGCACUUCGAGGCCAUAAAAAGGUGGCGCAGAUGCUGUUAGAACGAGGUGCCGAUGUCAAUGCCCAGGGUGAAGAGUAUGGCAAUGUACUCCAGGCCGCAGCAGAUGAAGGCCAUGAAAAGGUGGCGCAGAUGCUGUUAGAUCGAGGUGCCGAUGUCAAUGCCCAGGGUGGAUACUAUGGCAAUGCACUCCGGGCCGCAGCAAAUGGAGGCCAUGAAAAGGUGGCGCAGAUGCUGUUAGACCGAGGUGCCGAUGUCAAUGCCCAGGGUGGAGACUAUGGCAAUGCACUCCAGGCCGCAGCACUUCGAGGCCAUGAAAAGGUGGCGCAGAUGCUGUUAGACCGAGGUGCCGAUGUCAAUGCCCAGGGUGAAGAGUAUGGCAAUGUACUCCAGGUCGCAGCAAAUGGAGGCCAUGAAAACGUGGCGCAGAUGCUGUUAGACCGAGGUGCCGAUGUCAAUGCCCAGGGUGGAGACUAUGGCAAUGCACUCCAGGCCGCAGCACUUGGAGGCCAUGAAAAGGUGGCGCAGAUGCUGUUAGACCGAGGUGCCGAUGUCAAUGCCCAGAAUGAAGUGUAUGGCAAUGCACUCCAGGCCGCAGCAGAUGAAGGCCAUGAAAAGGUGGUGCAGAUGCUGUUAGACCGAGGUGCCGAUGUCAAUGCCCAGGGUGGAGACUAUGGCAAUGCACUCCAGGCCGCAGCACUUGGAGGCCAUGAAAAGGUGGCGCAGAUGCUGUUAGAUCGAGGUGCCGAUGUCAAUGCCCAGGGUGGAGAGUAUGGCAAUGCACUCCAGGCCGCAGCACUUGGAGGCCAUGAAAAGGUGGCGCAGAUGCUGUUAGACCGAGGUGCCGAUGUCAAUGCCCAGGGUGGAGAGUAUGGCAAUGCACUCCAGGCCGCAGCAGAUGGAGGCCAUGAAAAGGUGGCGCAGAUGCUGUUAGAUCGAGGUGCCGAUGUCAAUGCCCAGGGUGGACGCUAUGGCAAUGCACUCCAGGCCGCAGCAGAUGGAGGCCAUGAAAAGGUGGCGCAGAUGUUGUUAGAUCGAGGUGCCGAUGUCAAUGCCCAGGGUGGACGCUACGGCAAUGCACUCCAGGCCGCAGCAGAUGGAGGCCAUGAAAAGGUGGUGCAGAUGUUGUUAGAUCGAGGUGCCGAUGUCAAUGCCCAGGGUGGACUCUAUGGCAAUGCACUCCAGGCCGCAGCAGAUGGAGGCCAUGAAAAGGUGGCGCAGAUGCUGUUAGAUCGAGGUGCCGAUGUCAAUGCCCAGGGUGGACUCUAUGGCAAUGCACUCCAGGCCGCAGCAGAUGGAGGCCAUGAAAAGGUGGCGCAGAUGCUGUUAGAUCGAGGUGCCGAUGUCAAUGCCCAGGGUGGACUCUAUGGCAAUGCACUCCAGGCCGCAUCAUUUGAAGGCCAUCAAAACGUGGUGCAGAUAUAG